AAUAUAUGCUAUCAUUUUUUUUUAUUUUUUUUUUUAUUGUUUUAUUUUUGCCUGUUCGCAUAUGCCAUAUCUUUCCUCAUAUUUAUUUAAGUUGAAUAAUUUAAAAUUAUUCAAUUCAGUUGUGAGAUAUCGCAUUGGAACAGCAUCAUUUUCGCAUGCCUACAUACGUAAAACAUUUUUAAUAUUGUGUAAAAGGUUAAAAAUUUCUCCGUUUUUUUUUUUUUUGGGGGGUCAUUUGGUUAAAUUUUUUCAAAAUGGGUGUUGAAGACAUAUCUGCGGAGGAGCUGGAAAAGGCGACAAGAUCCUUCGUUUCGAUAGAAUCGGCUACCCAAAUAAGCAGAAGAUACGUCCGAAAAAAGCUAGAAGAGAUUUUUAACUUGGAGGAAAAUUCCCUGUACGAAAGGAAAAAAGAGAUUAAUGACAUUGUUGCCAAGGUAUUGACAAACCUCCUGGAAGAGGAAAAUAGGAAAAAAAAUGAAGAGUUGCGCGCUAAGGAUGCAAACGCGCACAGCGUAGAAACGAAUGACAAAGCGGAUCAAAAUGGGGAAAACUGCAAUUCGAGGAAAAGGCGCAAUAGCCAGAACAAGACGAAGGAAGACAUUGUUAAAACGGAAAACUUGAAUGAUGAUAAAUCAUCUAGUGAGCAAUCAGAUAGCAAUGAUAGAAGUUCAUCGAAAAAGAGGAAAAAAAAUGACGAGCCCCUUUCUGCUAGGAAGAAACAAGCCAACGUGAUGACGAAGGAUUACUUCCUAGACAAUGCCGAGUCUCUACUUUGCAACAUAUCGGAUAACAUAAAAUUAAAACUGGAACCACGAAUUUUCAGCACGGGCAGUUGCGGAUGGUAG